CACUCCCCUACCCAUACCCUAACAAGCGCGCUCAUUGUAUAUAAAUUUCCCCUCCGGGCGACUAUGAUCUCUCCAAGUCUACAUCUUAAACUGUAAUUUGUUUUGUCUUUUUUCUUUACACACAUCUGGUCGAGAGAGAGAGGGGGAGGCAUGGCUGGUACAUGCAUUGCACGUCACACUCUACGAAUUGAACGCCCUUGUUAUAUUCAAAAUGCGAAAAGGGGAAUGGGAAAGCGCAAAGGAUAUUAUACCACUCGUUGUCAUUUCUUUUUUUACUAUUUCGUCUCAAUCUUUGUACUAGCUAAUUGUAGUUUAUUAUCACAUGAAGAAAGCAGAAAGAAAUCAAUGAAUCAAAUCACCACAACAUACAAUUCCCUUUCUUUCGUUUGCGUCACGAUCUCGUAUUUUGCAAUUUUGUCUCUAGUAAUCCAAGACAUGAAGUCAAGUUUACCUUUUUUGGAUGAGGCCACCAUCUUUUUCGGCCCCCAAAAAACCCCGUGCCACCAGAUCGCAUGCGCGCGUGGUAUAAAUUAAUCUUACCCACACACACCUAUUUUCACAUACCCCUGC